UAAUAAUUGUGCACUGUCAACUGUGCUCGAACCACAACCACGUGUGUUUUGAUAUUGUAGUGCUAUGAAUUAAAAAAAUUAAGUCAUGGGAAAGUUUAGAUCCAAAAUAAAGGGAAAACCAAAGGGCAAGAGAUGGCAGAAGGGCCAUUCUUCCAAUUCAAAUCCGAAAACUCAAAAGUACCGGGAAAUAGCAAAGUCCCGGUUUUUUCAAGAAAACCUAGGUGGCUCUGGACUAACACAGCAAGCUCUACAAAAACAUGAUGUCAUUACACUGUACGGGCAUAGUAAGAAAGCAGACGAAGAUGUGAUAAGUAAAGAAUUUGAGAGUAUGUCUGUUCGAACUGGUGAAGAUGAUGAAACUGAAUACACUAGUUCAGAAAAGUCUGGCACAUUUAAAACAUUUCAGACUUUUGCUUCGGAUUGGAGUCAAUGUUCAAAUAUUAGUUUUAGCAAACUUCUGACAAGAUUUGACUCAAACAAUGCAGUGCAUAAAGAGAUGUUAGCUGUGCUAGCAGCAGUUACUGAAGUGAUCAAAGAACAAGGAGGAAAGGAAACAACCACAGAGUAUUUUGCUGCUUUGAUGCAAGCGCUUAAAGCGUCAGAAGGUGAAGAAAGCCUAGUUGCAACUAUAUCUUUACUAUCAAUGGGCCUAAAAUCAGUACCACAAGCUGUUCUACGCAAACAGUUCUCAGAUUCAGCUAGUAUUUUUACUGAAUUACUGGAGAAAAAUGAACAGACAGAAAAUGGCACAUUGUUACGAAGCGCCAUUGGCUGUCUCUCUGUUUUGCUAAGAGCACAAGAAUAUGCACUAUGGAGUAGUUCCUCUACUAUGAAAGUCUUUGACUGUGUGCUUGCAUUUGCUCUUCAUUCUAAGCCAAAGGUUAGAAAGGCAGCGCAACAUGGAGUGACAUCAGUUCUACGCGGCAGUUGUUUUAUGAUCCCUUCAGAGGAUAAUAAUAAGAUAAUCAAAUUACAUCCAGCAUCCAACCGUGUUGCGGACUAUUGCUUAUCUCAAAUAAAACCAGAAGCAUUACUCUCUGGCCACAGAACAGUGUUGCACACUUUGACAUUAUUGCGCGAUGUGUUGCCAGUUUUCAGCAAGGAUAAUAUAAAGACUAUAUGUGAAGCGAUCCUAUCUCUAAUGACACAUAACAAUGUAUACAUAAAGACCUGUUGUCUUCAUACAUUGCACGCGCUGUUCGCCGCACCAAAAGAUAUUUGUAACAUAACGGGGAACUUGGCCGUCCAAUUGACUAGGGCUUUGAUGGCUUCUCGGCCUCCAGCUAAUGAUACUGGACAGAUUUUAGCAUGGACCACUGUCUUGCAACAGGGAUAUGGGUGUUUAGCCGGUCUCGAUUUAAAUCUUUGUAUACCGAAUCUGCCGCCGUUUGUGAAUAUCUGUGUCUCGGAGUUGUGGCUCUCAGACGUUGCCGAAGUUAACUCCGCUUCUACCAACGCACUGAAAGCCAUACUCUUAGACUGUGUAAAGCCAGCUGUGGAGUCAGAAGAGUCUCUUCUGAAGCACAAAGCUCACAUCGAGGGCAUUUUCAAGGCUAUUGGAACUGGGCUGGAUAAUCCAUUUAAUCAAGCUAUUAAGCAUGUUAUAUUGACAAUCGCUGUCUGCUUUGAGAUUGGAAACGAUAAAAUUGCAUUCGCUCUUGGACCACUAUUAAAAAAAUUAAACGAUCGACGCGAAAGCCACAAUUUCUUUAACGAGAAAGAGGCAGAAUAUGCCACCGGUUGCGCCAUAAAAUCUCUAGGACCUGAAUUUGUAUUGAAUAUAAUCCCAAUACGAGUGGAUGACACAAUAAACCUGGACAGAAGCUGGCUAUUACCCGUAUUGAAGGAGAAAAUAACGAAUUCGAACAUUAAAUUUUUCGCCACGGAAAUUUUGGAGCUGGCAACAUUUUGCAGACGAAAAUCUCGUGAACUCGCCGACGCUAACGAUAUUUCUGGGUCUCAUACGUACGAGCUUUUGUGCAAUCAAUUAUGGGCGUUGUUACCCAGCUUUUGUAAUAACCCGAAAGAUAUAAGCGAUAGCUUUAAAAUAAUGGCAAGAGUUUUAGGAUCUGUGUUAAAAGAUAACCCGGAGUUUAGAUCGUCUGUUAUGGCGGGGUUGAGGAAGUUGAUUUCUUCUGCGGAACUUGAGAAAGAUAAAUUGGAAUUAGCAAAAUAUGCGAAGAAUUAUGUCCCGAUAUUGUUGAAUGUUUAUAUGACGCCAGCUAAAGGUAAUACCGCGGAGGGACAGCGGUUGGCAGCAUUGGACACUAUACAGGUUUACCUAACAAUUAGCGAUCAGUCACUUCGGCAAGAACUCUUCGAUAACUCAAUCAAGCAAUUAGAAACGUCAGAAACCAAUCAUUUUCAACGCGAAUCAAUUUUAGAUAUUAUUCGAAUACUUGUUCUGUACCAAAAUAGUUCCCAAAUAGCCAAUUUAUUUGAGAAAUGGGUUUAUCCACUGUGUGAAACGGUUCUCGAAAACCCGAAGAAACAAAAGAAAGCCAAAAAGAAUGAAAUGGAAGAAAGUAAAGAAAACGUUAAAAUGGAAACGGAGGGUCAGCAAACAAAAUUAAGACACAAAGACAAAGCUAGAUUAAUAGAAAUGGAACAUAAAAAGGCCUAUAGGAUUCUAGAAGAGAUCUUCAAAAGCGACAGUGAGAGUUGCAAAGAGUUCCUAAAAGAGAGUUAUAAGAAGAUCAAGAAGCUUUUGAUGACGUCGCUUAAUAAAGUGGCCGACAGCAGUAAGGCGCCUAGGUUAAGAUGCAUAGAACACUUUAUAAGCCUAUCUGCACCAAAUUUGAGUGCGGACAGCAAACUACUGAAAUCUGCAAUUGCGGAGGCGGUUAUAUGCACCAAGGACAUUAAUUCUAAGUGUAGACAAUGCGCCUUCAACUUGAUCAGCACUAUUGGGAAUGUAUUGAAGACUCGGGAUGGAGGUAUGACAGCAUAUAUAGAAAUGCUGGAAGCAGGUCUCUCUGCACCACUGCCGAGGGUAAUUGGAGCUACAAUCAGAGCACUAGCUUCUGCUCUUUUCAAUUUAUCUGAGGAUAUGGGUCUAACAAUUGUUCAGGAACUGCUGGAAAAGAUGGCAGCGCAAAUGCUGAAUACCAACAGAGAGAUUGUCGCUGCUGCUAUGAGUUUUCUCAAGGUGUACACAAAGGUAAUCCCAAAAGAUGUCAUAGCGGGUAGUCUCCCACUAAUAUUUAGGACUCUCUCCUGUAUGAAUGAGGACUGUAAGCGACACUCAAGGGUAGAAAUUGGGUAUUUCCUAUCCCGAAUGACGAGGAAAUUUGGUGCUGAAACAGUGGAAAAAUUGAUUCCAAAAGAAGACGAAGUCAUGUUGCGGAGGCUGAGAAAUAUCAGGAAGAUUGAUAAUAGGAAGAAGAGAAUGAAGGAAGGACAAACGAAUCAAGAGGCAGAUUCGGAUGACGACCUUAAUGUGAAAGGUGUCUCUAAGACCCUGGAAGACAUUCUUAAGGACUCAGAUUCUGAACUGGAGGAAAUGGAGGAACGGCCCAAGAUCAAGGCUAAAAAGGGAAGAAGCCAGGCGUGGAUCCAAGACGAUCCCGAAAAUAUCGUGGAUUUGGCUGAUAUGUCCUCUUCUAGGAAGAUUACAGCCACGGAUCCAAAACAAAAGAAGAAAUCAAUGGAAGAAAAAACUCAAAAGAAGAAAGACGGUGGCUUUAGGACGGCAGCUGAUGGAAGGCUCAUUAUCAGUGAUGAAGCUUUUGAUGGUGGUGAUGAUGAUGACGAUGAACACAAACCUAGUGGUGAUAUUGAUACAGAUACUGAUGAUACAGAUGAUGAAGGUAAAGAAAAACCAUCGAAGCUCCUGAAAUCUGGAGCCAAACGCAAAUAUGAUGAUAUUCUUAGUAUAAAGAGUGGUAAAACAGCAAGAAGUCGAGCGUCUACAGCUACAGUAGGGUCCAAAUAUAAAGCUGGAGGAAAGGGUAUCCAUCGACCCCUUAGUUCUGCAGCGUCUGUGACGUCAGCGGGCACAGAUUACCGCUCAAAGAAAGCAAAGGGUGACAUCAAGAAGAAAGGUAAACCUGACCCCUACACAUACUUACCGCUGUCUAGGAAGAAUCUUAAUAAAAGAAAAAAGGCUGUUACGACGCAACAAUUUAAGGGAAUUGUUAAAUCCAAAACGAAAGGAAAACUCAAAUUCAAGAAGUGAUUUUAGUAUUAGUUGCAUUUGUAAUCGAUUUUUAUUGUUAUACUAAAAUAUUUUAGUUUCCAAUUACUUCAAGAGGUGAUUUCUUACGCUAUGAUAUAGAAAACUUUAAUUGUUACUAACUUCAUCGCUUACUAGUUUUUUAGUAAUAUAAACGAAAAGCAAUAAAUUUGAUCUUUGCUUGAAUGCUUAAAUUAAAAUUAUUUUCAGAACGGCUCCGUACUGCCUAUUUUAAAAUUUCAAAAUAAAUUCCCAUUUAUACGGAGGAUCUAGUUCGUUAUGUGGUGUAUCCUCAUAUAGAUAGUAAUUUCUAAACUGAAGAUUGCAUACAGUCAUCAGUAUCUAAAUUUGUUAAUCCAAUUUGUAUUUCCGUAACAGUAAUUGUCAAACAAAUCGAAUAACUUUACGAAGAUUUCUAACCCCUGAUAAUUCUAAUUUCUCAAUGACAAUAGAAAAUAUUGUCAUAGUAAUCCCUCUUGCCGAAUCCUACCCGGCUUUGGAUACUAUAGCAUCAUAUUAUAGUUAAUUCUGAUCCUAGAGCGUGCUACUGUGAAUUAAAAACAUACAAUUUGCAUGAAAAAAAUUGUAAGGUUAAAAUAGUCGAUGACUUCUGAUUUAUUUGUUGGCUCUUUGUGUUUUGUAAUAAAUAUUUUAUCUUA